GCUGUACUUCGUUGUUUUUUUUACAUGUCUACGAAAUCAAUAAAAAAGGUUUUUGUGUGUACUUUUAAGCAUAUAGUAGUAUUUGUUCUCGUGGCCUGUGAAUUGGUCAAAAUGAUUGCUUUUAUGAACAGAGCUAAUCCGUAGCAAUUUCAUUAUUAUAUUUGGUGCUAGCAAAUAUCAGUAGAACAAUUUUAUCACUAACCGUUAAAUAUUAGUCGUAGUUUAAUAACAGGGUAAUCUUUGAAACGGAAAAUUGAUGGCACAAGCCCGAAUUAGUCAGCCUUAUAAUGAAGAUGAAACCUUUGUAAGACCGUUUGCAUUCUUUGCAUAAGAUUUUAGAAUUUUCUUGAUCUUUUUUAGUCUUUCUGUGACUUUAACGGAAAGCGUCCUUAAAAAGUUUUUUGUCUAUUGAAAUUUAGUUUUUAUCGUUUCUAAAAUGGGGGUGAUUGUUUUAACAGCUUGGAAGUGGGAGGCGACAGGAAGAAUUGUCAAGGGUAUUUCAAAAACCUAAUUAUCUAAGAAAUUAAGUGGAGUUUGUUAUUUAUCGUUAUUUCCUACCUUUUUCAAUUUUGGUGGGAUAUCAUUGUGUUUGUAAUAAAUCGCACCCUGUCCCUGGCAGGAAACCGUGUCAGCCACUGACAACCUCAAAUUCACCAAACUUAUACACACAUCUCUUGAACGCCGCGUCCAGAUAUUCGUUCUCACAGUAAUCCGACUGCAUAAGAUAACAGCCGCUGCCGACUCCAACCAAUUUUACGGAUAGCUUCCUGAUUUUCCCACACUUUACUUGCGAUGUUUAGCCUAUCUACUGAGUUAUUACUAAGCUUAUAAUUGCCUUUCGAUCUAAAUUUCACUAGCCUGGUACGGGUUGAUAAUUUAUAUACAAUUCCCUCCUGAUCAAGUAGGAAAGAAAAUCAGAUAAAUAAGAUCUGGCACUUUGAUAAUUUGUUCAGGAGCGGAACAAAUUUCUAUCUAAUAGAUGUCGAGAUUGUUUCACGGGAUAUCAGUUGCAUUCCUUCUUUUAAACAAGCCAAGACUGCUAAUGUUGACUGCACGCGUGCCGAAGGAUUCUGGUCGCGUGCUGGGACGUGGCUGACAGGUCCCCCUGUGACAGAAUUUGAAUAACCCAAUAUCAGUUAUCUUUAUUCAGUUGAGCAUUCUUUUUGCCAUUAAUAGUUCUUUCCUCAAUCGAAUUACGUCAAGAUUGUGGUUGCCGUCUGCGGACCAUUCUUUUAUAAGUUUCCCAUCAAAAGGGGCACUGAGGAUAACAUUGCCCUUUUGGUUGCGCAAUGUUCACAAUCUUUCGCCCAAAAAGCAAUUAAUUUGAGAAUUGUGCGAUGAUUAUGCUAAUAAAAAGUAGAUUUUAUUUUUCUGUGUGCUUACCCCCUUACUAAAGUCCCCGGUCAGGCGGCUGGACCCUAGGAGACAAUUUACAAACGAAAUAAGAUUGCGGCCCGGCCAUCUGCCCGUAAAUUCCUUUGUUCAUCACAGCAUGUACUAUCUUGACUUAAAGAUAAAUAAGAUCUGGCAUAAAUAAAAAUACUCUGUAAUUUCUUGUUGUUUUAGUCGAUAAUUUGUAUUGAACUAAGUGUAAAUGGUUUCUCGAGCAGCAAGUUGUUGAAUAUGCGCAUGCGUCCGACUGUGCUACACCGCCCCAAGGGAUUUAGAUUUCGGUAGCCCGGCAGAUCGCGGAGUAUUUGAAUCGAGCAAGACGCGCAUCCUGGCUUAUUUAUCACAUGAGGUUUAGAAACAUCAUCGCAUCGUUCGUUAUAUUUUAUUCAGAUUUCAUGUCUCGUGGACAGGUAGACCUAAUCGGGGUGCUGCUUCAGGCCGUUCUCGUAAGGAGAUAAUCAAACUAUGUGCAGUUCUAGGGUUGCGAUAUUCGUAUUUGUAGUUGCAGUCUUGGCUCUUCAUACAAAGGAUGUUAUUGGUACUGGAGCCUUCGAAUUGCAACUUGUGGAAAUUAAGAAUGUUGCUGGAGAGUUAAGAAACGGUUCUUGUUGUGAUGGGAGCCAUACACUCAGGUUUGGCAGCCAAAGAUGCCUUGACCCAUGCGAUACGUACUUGAAUCUCUGCGUCAAACAGUACGGUGCUACUCAAAGUACAACAGGACCGUGUAGAUUUGGCAGCAUGUCCACUCCUGUUCUUGGGGAGAAUUCGUUUACGAUUCCCUUGGCAAAAAACAAAACUAUGAAAGAUGGCAGGAAAUUCAAUAAUCCAGUCGUGUUGCCAUUUACAUUUUCGUGGACGAUGACAUUUGUUUUAAUAAUUGAUAUCCUUGAUAAAGAUGAAGGUGGGAAAUUUGAUCUAAUUGACAGAGUGAGCAAGUUUGGUAUUCUUACCCCAAAUAACACCUGGCAGCUUCAUACAUACAAUGGUCCUGCUGCCACAUUAGUUUACAAAUUGAGACUUAAAUGCGAUGAGCAUUAUUAUGGUAUGUCAUGCACUGUUUAUUGCAAACCAAGAAGUGAUAAGUAUGGACACAACACAUGCGACAGAAAUGGAAACAGAAUUUGUUUGCCAGGAUGGAGUGGACCAUAUUGCAAUAUUCCUGUCUGCAAGACAGGCUGUGAUCCAGAUCAUGGAUUUUGCAGCAAACCUUGGGAGUGCAGGUGUCUGAGCGGAUGGAAAGGGCCAUUAUGUGACGAGUGCCAGACAUUUCCCCACUGUGUACACGGAACAUGCUCAACCCCUUGGAAAUGUGAUUGCAUGCCAGGAUGGGGCGGUGUACUUUGCAAUCAAGACUUGAACAUGUGUCGUCAUCAACCUUGUCGGAACGGAGGCACUUGUUUGAAUACAUCGCCUGGCAACUACAAAUGCUAUUGCCUUCCAGGAUUCUCUGGGAAAAAUUGCGAAAGAGAAAGAGAUGAGUGUGCGUCAAGACCGUGUCUGCAUAAUUCUACAUGUAUAAGUCGGCAAAAUGGAUAUCAGUGCAUAUGUGCAGCUGGAUUUGAUGGAGAAAGAUGCGAAAAAAAUAUCGAUGAUUGUGUUGGUAAACCAUGCCAACAUGGCGGUACUUGUAUCGAUUUGGUCAACGGCUUUUCCUGCAAAUGUGCCAAGGGCUGGGAAGGUGUUAGAUGUCAGCGAAACAUUGAUGAAUGUUUGUCAAGCCCAUGUGUGAACUCCCUGAGUUGCUCUGAUCUGGUCAAUGAUUAUUCUUGCUCGUGCAAACCUGGCUGGAGAGGAAAGAAUUGUGACCAAGAUAUUGUGGACUGUCGAGGGCAGUGCCAACAUGGAGCCUUGUGCCAGGACCUUGAAAACGAUUAUCGAUGCCUCUGUCCUGCUGGCUUCACUGGUAAGAAUUGCCAAAUCAAUGUAGAUGACUGCCAAAGCAACCCUUGCAUGAAUAACGGUGUUUGCAUGGACAAGGUCUCUUCAUAUCAAUGUGUCUGUCAAACUGGCUUUUAUGGAAACAGAUGUCAACAUCACACGAACGAGUGUCAACCAAGCCCUUGUAUUCAUGGUAUUUGUACCGACCUGGACAAUGAUUAUCGUUGCGAUUGCGAAGUUAAUUGGAGCGGAAAGAACUGUUCUGUGCGACAAGCAUCAGCUGAUCUGGGCAAUUGCAAUCACAAUCGCUGCCAACACGGAUCGACUUGCACCAGCUUGCCUAAAUCAGAGUUCAUAUGUCACUGUUUACCAGGGUACACUGGUGGGUACUGUGAAAUUAACAUAGAUGAAUGCACGGGCGACCCGUGCAAGAACGGUGGGGUGUGUGUUGAUCGAGUGAAUGGAUAUCAGUGCGUGUGUCCAGCUGGAUUUGAAGGGAAAUCGUGUGAAAGGAAUCGAAACGACUGCCUAAGCAGACCGUGUAAGAAUAAUGGUGAAUGCAUUGAUGGAAUUGGAAAGUACACCUGCAAAUGCACUCCUGGAUAUACUGGUGUUAAUUGCACGUAUGACAUUGACGAAUGCAUCAAUGUAAAAUGCCAGCACGGGGGGACGUGUAUCAAUUUGUUAAACAGCUUCAAAUGCAAGUGCAAGCAUGGAUACUCUGGCCGCUACUGCGAGAUUCAGGAACAAUUCUGUUUGAGUCAGCCAUGUUUAAACAACAGCACGUGCAUAGAGCAGGCUGAAACGUACAAGUGCAACUGUCCAAAAGGCUACACAGGGAAACGAUGCAAUGUUGAUAUCAACGAAUGCUCGUCUUCGCCAUGUUUGAACGGAGGAACAUGCACUGACCUAAUUGGAAACUACCAAUGCACCUGCGGUGGAGCUUUCACAGGAAAACGAUGUGAGCAGAUGAUUGACUACUGCGCAUCUUAUGUUUGCCAUAAUGGGGGAACAUGUAUGAAUAUUAUUGGUGGUCCGAGCUGUGUCUGCAAACCAGGGUACCAGGGGAAGCAAUGCAAGGUCGACAUUAAUGAGUGCGCCUCGAAUCCAUGUCGCAAUGGAGCUACUUGCUUGGAUCAGGAAAAUCGCUAUGUCUGCCAGUGUCCGAAAGGAAAAAGAGGAAAAUUUUGCGAGCAAGUCACCGACAGCUGUACUAGAGUUGUUUACGGAAAUCUAACGCAUGUUGUCCGUACUGGUGUUUGUGGCAAACAUGGUACCUGUAGUGUUUUGAAAGAUGGAGGAUUCAAGUGCACGUGCAAUCCUGGCUGGACUGGCCUAAGAUGUGAAACAGAUAUUGAUAACUGUGCUGAAAACAACUGCCAGAAUGGCGCAACUUGCCUGAAUGCAUUUGCCUCGUACAGCUGCCUCUGUCGACCUGGCUUCAAAGGAAAGUACUGCGAAACUAAUAAAGAUGACUGUGCCAGCAUGCCGUGUUUGAAUGGAGGCAACUGUACUGAUCUCGUCAAUGAUUUUGAAUGCAAAUGCCGAGAUGGCUGGAAAGGGAAAUUUUGCUCAUCGCGUAUAUCACAUUGUGCAGGAAACCCGUGCAACAACGGCGGUCAUUGUGAAGAUGACGUCACGACCUUUCGUUGCCAGUGUACAUCGAACUGGAAAGGGAGAACAUGCAGUGAACCUGCAGCUGUAUGUCAGCCAAACCCAUGCCGCAAUGGUGGUGUUUGUCUUAAUAAUGGAGGAAUCGCCUCGUGUAAAUGCAGCGAGGGUUUUGAAGGCCGUCGCUGUGAGAUUGAUAAAGACGACUGCGCGCAAAACCCGUGCUUUAACGAGGGUGUUUGUGUUGAUGGCCCCAAUUGGUACCGUUGCAAAUGCAAACCAGGCUUUGCAGGAGUUGAUUGUCGCAUUAACAUAAAUGAAUGUAGCAGCUCACCUUGCGUGCCAGGCGUUGGUGCCAAAUGCAUCGAUGGCAUCGGCAAGUAUACCUGCAUAUGUCCCGAAGGAAGAAGUGGAAAGCGAUGUGAAGUUGUGAUUCAAAAUGCCAAAUGUUUGGUUGGUGAUGUCUUCAUGGAACACAACAAAACCUGGACUGAAGAAUGCAACACGUGCACAUGCGAAAACCGGAAAGUAACGUGCACCAAAGUUUGGUGUGGUCCUUCCAACUGCAUGAGCCAAGAAAACAAGGACACUUGCACAGAGGACCACCCUUGCAAAGAGAAGGAGGACCGUUUGUGCCUUACUCCUCCUUGUACACCAUGGGGACAGUGCGAGGGAAAGUACACAGAGGUGAAUCAAGGCGUUUGUAACCCUGCAACGGAGAUGUCAAAACUUACUGACGACUGUGCUAAAGUAAAUAUCGUCUACGAUGCCAGAAAGAUGCCGAAAGGAACGAUUCUUGAAGAGUUUUGCCAUCAGCUACGGUACCUGAAAUUAUUUCGAUCUUACGCCUUGAAAGGCCCUAUUAAAGUUCAUUGCAACAGAGCCGGGGGCGUCAACCCAGAGAAUGCAUCAAGCAUCGUUGUUUCGAUAAGCAGUGCAGGAACGGGGGUAGCACCAAAAGCUGCCUUGGAGCUCGCCAGUCUUAUAAAAUCGCAAGCAACAAAUACAACUAUGUACAAUAUAUUUAUUGCCGUUAUUCAAGUAACUAUUGAAAGACCAAUGGUCAUGUCAUAUCAUUCUACUCAAGGCCCUGUCUUCCUAAUUCCGCUGGUUGCCUGUAUGGUAGGACUCGCAGCAAUCCUUUUGCUCGUUCUCUGCAUAACAACGAGACGGUAUCGUGCCAAAGAGCCUGACAGUUCGGACGAGCAACAUUUAGCUAGCUAUUUUACGAAAACCCGGAAUAGUUGGCAUCGAAAACGCAGAGAUAAAAACCUUUGUAGAAAAGAAAAAAAUACUUUGAAAUCAACUGCUAAGAACAGCUCGCCGACCGAGCUUACAGGGUUAGGCCCUAGUUGCUCAUCUGCUGGGAACUCGUCACUAGACCCUUACGAUGAUCAGGAUAUUGAUGUAAGCGAUAACCGAUUAUUAGCCGGCGUGCGCGCGGCCCGUUUAGUGCAACGGGAGGCGGAAGAUUCGAUGGAAAAGCCGGAUAUGAUAAAUAUUGACUUGCCUUCGGAUACUGAUCAGAGAGAGUUUAUUAUUUAGCUCGAGUCGAGCCAGACUGGCUGGCGUUAAAUCAACUGGAUGGAUUUUCCAUCGUAAACCCAGCUGACGAAGGAAAGGCUGCCCUUUGGAAAGUAAAUUGUGGUUAGGCCUUCGAAGAGAACUGUGUGUCGAUUCCGCGUUAUCACCGAACUCGGAGGAUUUUUUGUAGGAAAUUCCUAAAGAUAAAAUGGUGUUUCAAGGUUUAGUUCGGUUCUUGGUAGAGAACACUGGCUAUUCGUGUUCCCUUUGUGAUGAUCACGAAGUCGUUGACUGAAGAUUUGACUGCCUCAGUCUUGGCAUUUGAUGUCCUAGAUUGAGUACACGUUUAGCGAAGAGGGCAAAAACGUUUACAUUGAGUUUCAAGGCGAUUAAAUAGAAUGUAGAAUGGAUACGUCUGUCUGGCUGUAGCUGAACAAACAGGCGGUAUUCCAUAUUGAAAGAAUUGCUGGAAAUGGAAGCCCUAUAAUCGACACGAGACACGCGUAGCAGUAACUACAUACUUAGAUUUGACCGUGCCUCGCCUUUAAAAACAAGUAUUGUCACGAAUUACGUAGGGAAAUGCUUUGGUAACCAGAGAAUUUUUGUAGAUAUAGAAUUAUGUGAGUACCAGUACAACCUGUAUUGUAUCUCUCAAAAAUUAGAGGGGCAAUAUAAUUAUGUAAAUAUGUAAAUGGAAAUUUUAAGUUAUGUUGCGUUCCUUUUGUUUUUAGUCCGAAUUUGUUGUUUUGACGUUACUCAAUGUAAAGAAGAGUACUUUAGAAUAUUGAUUCAGGGGGGAAUUUAGAUUAUUUUAGUUGAGUUUGCAUACAUAUAAUUGUAUAGUUUUCUAAUACUUUGUAAGACGAGCACUCUCGACCUUCUUCCAAUACGGUGAUGGACACUGUUUCUAGACAGUUAUUAUUCUAUCAACGAGAAAUCCAAUAUCGUUACAGUAAGCAGCUGCAAAGCGAUAAUAGUCAUUAUCAAAUGAAAACUAGCUAAUAUCAGCGAAUUCAUCCAUCAUUUAUUACAAUAUUAUCGCAAGGGAGAAGCCUAGAAAAGGACCACAACCCACCGCGAAAGGCAUAUCUGUCUGCGGAAGAUCAGAUAUUGCCAAUUUUUGCCUGAAUUCAACGACAUACGAUAAUGGGUCUAGAUUGGACAAGAUGUCUCCCAUCCCACUUUUUUAACCGCAGAAAACUCUUAAACGUAGCUACUCGUGAAUAAACCGUUGCUAAUUGAACUGUCAUUGGAGCAAUUCUAAGCCGUGGCCUCCUGUACUGCCCCAGCGUACAAUAGCGACUAAGUGCUAAUAUACUUGGCCUAGUCUGUGUUCUAGAUCCUUAUCCUUUAUUUACGUCAAUGUAACGAGUACGUUCGAAUAACUUUAUUGUGUUUGCGUUUUGUACAAAGUACAAUUAAUGUUAAAUUGAUUUAAUGCACUUAAAGUCGUUCUAAUUUGGUAGAUAUAGAUUUCUCUCAGCAAACUCAGUCAGCGAGAAGUGCUGGUUUAUAACCAUUUCCAUAUGUAAACGCUUUCCCUACCCUGGGCCAUUUUCUCUCACCCUCCGGGUCCCCUUCGCAUAACAGUUUGCCCUGAAACACGUUCGAACUUUUAUCUUGAUAGAAAAUUUGACCAUAAAGCGUUCCUAAUGAUAAGCUUGAAAGUGUUAAACCUCCUUUCUGUUGCUGCUUGUGAAGAUAUCACUAAACAGAUGUUAGAUGUCUUGAAUUUUGCAUCCCAGGAACUAUUACACUUUGUGCACCCGAUAGCGUCUGAUUAUUUGUAAAUUUUAGCUACACCCGCUAGAAAGACUUAUUUUGCCGCCUAUCCAAUCGCUGCCUACCACCCCCCCCCCCCUUUGUUGUAUAAUGCAGUAUUGUGGCUGUAAAACUUUUCCAAUAUUAUACCCAAUAUUAACUUCUUAUUUGGGUUUUUAACCACCUGUAUUCUUGGAAAGUAACAUACGUAUCAAUUUUUGAUAAAGCUAUAUACUUAAUAAAAGGAACAAAUGUGUUCGCGUUUGUCUAACUUAACUUGCCAUUUCGUAGAAAUAAAACUGGGCAUAACUUAAUAUAUGGUUUUACCGCUCGUUUCUAAGAGCCUGCUUCGUUGAAAGAUCAAUAGAUUGCUGAUAUUGUAUGAAACAAAAUAUUUAUUUUGAAUCGAAAAUUGUUAUACACUAUCAGAAAGCAAAUCACCGAUAUUAGAUUUGUAGAAUA